UAUAUGUAUGUUUAUUGAAAGAUAUAAUAUUUUACUUACUUGUAAUGAAGUGGUUUUGUCCACGUGUUUCCAUUCGUUUUCUUUGGCAUCGUAGCAAAAUAAAGCCUUGUCUCCGAGGAAGUUAGCAAAUCGUUCUGAAUUUCGUUCUACAGCAUCAAGCUAAUUCGUAUCAGUACUUUAUAGUUUUUGUGCUUUGUGGCUCUUUGUGCAGUGCAGUGUUGCCGUUUACCAACAUGAACAAUAUUAAGAACUACGUGGCGUGUACAAUCACCUUUUUUGGUUGUUGAGGAAACGUUUGUAAACGAUAAUCCGUAACGUGCAGAGGGAUAUUUCUUAUUGAAUGAUGAUCAACUUUCGUUGCAAACUGCAGUCCGCGCGGGAUUUAGUAAAACGUUCUCUAUAUAACGUACGCAUAUAUUAUGCUCGUGCUACCGACGCGUGUAUAUAUACAUAUAUGUACAGACAUACACAUACACACAAAAUUAUCUCAAUAAAUUAUACAUAAUUGACGGAUAAUCGACUAUCUUAUAGCAACAAGAAUGAAUAAAUAUGAUGCGGCAUAAUUGACCACAAGCAAGUUUAAUUUCAAUUUUCAAAAUGAUGGAACAUAUCCAAUAUAUUGGUCUUAUAAAUCAAGGAGCAACUUGUUAUUUAAACAGUCUUCUUCAAAUCUUAUACAUGACUCCAGAGUUUAGAAAUUUCAUAUACUGUUGCGAAACCGUUGAUUUCCAAAUUUUAAAAUCAAGUCCAACUUACUACAUGAAAUAAAACAACUUUUUAUAAAUUUGAAGUUAUCGAAGGAUCAUGCUAUAGAAACUGUACAGUUAACCAGUGCUUUUGGAUGGGAUUCUAGUGAUACAAAUGUAAAUCAGGAUGUGCAUGAAUUUUUUCAAAUGUGUUUUAAUGCGUUGAAACUAGAACUUACAAAUAUCUCACCAAAACAAGUAGUUAAAUGAAUGCUGUGGAAAAAUAAUUUUUUCGACACGCGAAUUAUACUUGAUCGUGUAAUAUGUUUAAUCUGUAAUGCUGAACAUUGCACGAAAAAUCCUUUUUUGGAUAUUUCCUUGCCAAUACCAUCAGAUGGGACUAAGAUUGGAGCAUACAACACAGUGGAAGAAGUAUUAGAAGCAUUUACACAAUGCGUUAUCUUAGACGAAGACAAUGAGUACUUCUAUGAGAAAUGUGACAAAAAAUGCUCAGCUAAACAGGAUUUAAAGUUUAUAAAACUUCCAUUCAUACUUACAUUGCACUUGAAACGUUUUCAAUAUGACGUAAAAUCAAAUUCCACCAUCAAGCUAAACAAUAAGGUCACAUUUCCAGAGGUUCUCAAUUUAAAUAGUAUCAUCGAUCCUUUUGAAGACAAAAAUAAUGCAGCAGAUUCGAAUUUUUACAAACUUUUUUCAAUUGUUAUUCAUAGCGGAACAGCCGUCCAAGGCCAUUGUUAUACAUAUAUACAGGAUUUUAUUUUACGAAUGAAUGGUUUUGUUUUAACGACAGCACCGUUACACGCAUAUCAAAACAUGAUUUUGGAAUUUCUUUUGGAAACGGCAACAGUGGAGAAGGAAAUGCUUAUUUAUUAAUUUAUAGAAGAUGUAAUGAAGUAGAUGAUACAGCACUUGUAGAAGAGUCUUCACCUGACGUUUCUUUGUUACAACCACAGCCAACAUUCAUCACUAUUAAGAAUAUUGAUGACAACUGCAUUUAUACUGAUACUGCAGUUAUACAAGAUCCCCAUCUGACGUCAAUAUUGAAGAAACAUUUACUCACGAUUCGUUUCCUAAAAUCACGCAUCUGAAGGAUAGAAUGAGAAAAAAAUUAAAUUUAUAUAAUACAAAUAAAGACUCUGAGAAUCCACCAAAUGACGAAAAUAUCGAAAUGCAAUCUCAUAUUGAAUUCGAUCAAUUAGAACAUGUUUUUAAUUCAGUAUCAAAUCUAAGCGUUGAUAACGUAUCCUUAGAGGGAGUGUCAAAUGAUGUUAUCAGUGUGAUAUCGUCAAAAUCACAACGAUCACACAGUAUAGUCGGAUCAAUACAUAGUCUAGCAUGUUCUUCAGAAAUAUUCGAUAAGAAGUCUAUAGCACAGGAAUCUGAAUUUCUAAGUAAAACUUAUGAAAAGAACAUGCAUGAAAAUCAACAAACAAAUAUUGCAAUCCCUAGUUUCAGCAACGCUCCGGAUACGACAUUAUUGACUUAUCCUCCACCUCCAUGCAAAGGCAGAAUAGAUAUUAAGUAUGCGCACUUGAAAUGUUUAGAGGACGGAAGAUAUUUAAACGAUAUUAUAAUCGACUUUUAUUUGAAAUACGUUGUUGAAGAAAUCAUUGAACCUACGAAACGAGACAAUACAGUUUUAUUUAGUACAUUUUUCUAUAAGAAAUUGCUAAAUAGAAGUACGGAUUCAUCUAAAAAAAGACACAGUGGAGUUAAAAAUUGGACUAAGUCGAUUGAUCUAUUCAAUAAACAAUACAUUAUAAUACCUGUGAAUCACAAUAACAAACACUGGUUCUUAACAGUCAUUUGCUAUCCCAACGCAAUUCAUGAAAAAUAUAUGUCAUCUCACGACAAGCCGAAAAAAUUAAAAUUACAGCAUGAAAAUAAUGACAACUCACUAAUACGAAAACUAUUUACAUUGGGAAUAUAAACUCAAAAAAAACAGUAACAUAAAUAUGAGCAAUUUUGACGUGAAAUGUGUUUAUCCUGAAGUACCUCAGCAACACAAUGCUUAUGAUUGCGGAAUUUACGUUAUGCAAUAUGUUGAACUUUUUUUUCUACAUCAAUAGUGGAUUACUCAUCGAUACCAUCAUUAAAAGAAUAGUUCGCAGUGGAAGAAGUUCGAAAUAAAAGACAACUUAUUUUAGAGCUGAUAGAAAAAAAAGCAACUGAGUAGAAAUAUAGAAAAUGUAAAUGAGGUUAUAAAGAAAUGUAUUAUACGAUAGAAGAAAAUAUAAAUUUGGACAGUUUUAUGCAGUUGAAUUGUGAUGUAUGACAUGUUUACAAUAAGCAACGAACUUUUAGAAAUGAGUGCAUGUUACUUUACUUUUUACGUAAAUUCAUAUUAAUCAUCAAUGUUUCUGUCACGAUCGUUUUGAGUUAUGCCGUAAUCCAUCUGGAAUUCUUUGCUUAGCCUCACAAGAUCCCUGUAUAAAUAAAAAUAUAUAUAAAAAGUUCUUUUACGUAAAAGUUAUCGUGAUUUUAAAACAUAAUAAAAUAUAUUAAGCAACGAUUACUAAUACAUUUUGAGAAAUGUUUAAAAAUGUAAAUAUUUGUACAAUAAUAAAAUGUGUAAAGAUAUUUAA